AUGGAAAAGUAUGUAAGUGUUAAAGAUUUAGAAGAAGCGGCCCUCAGACUUCUUCCAAAAUCUGUGAGAGAUUAUUAUAAAAGUGGUGCUACAGAAGAACAGACACUAGGAGAAAACAAAAAGGCCUUUCAAAGGCUGCGAAUAAGUCCAAAGUGCUUAGUUGGUGUAAAUAAUUGUGACCUUCGAACAACAGUGCUUGGAAAUGAAAUCUCAAUGCCUAUUGGUAUAUCUGCUACUGCGAUGCAGCGCAUGGCACACCCUGACGGAGAACUUGCUAAUGUUAAAGCUGCUGCUAAGGAACAGACUAUAUUUAUGUUGAGCACCAUCGCCACAAGUUCUAUAGAAGAAGUAGCAAACGCAGCGCCAGAUGCAACUAAAUGGUUUCAACUUUACAUUUAUAAUGAUAGAGAAGUAACAAAAAAUUUAGUGCUGCGUGCAGAAAAACACGGAUUUAAAGCAAUAGCGCUAACUGUAGAUACGCCAUUAUUCGGUUUGCGACGCGCAGACGUCCGGAAUAAAUUUACAUUGCCCCGACAUUUAAGAUUAGCAAAUUUCGAUGGUAUUUUAUCUACAAAGAUACACAAUACGAAUAAUGGAAGUGGUUUAAAUGAAUAUGUACAAAAUCUAUUUGAUAAAUCAGUAACUUGGAAUGACAUAAAGUGGUUGAAAAGUAUCACAAGUCUCCCAAUAAUAGCAAAAGGUGUUCUUCGUGGCGAUGAUGCUGUAAAAGCGGUAGAAGCUGGCUGUUCUGCUAUUUUGGUAUCUAAUCACGGAGCAAGACAACUUGAUGGAGUUCCAGCAACUAUUGAAGCUUUGCCGGAAAUUGUUGAAGCCCUAAAAGGUUACGACGUCGAAAUAUUUCUGGACGGCGGCGUCUCCACUGGCACUGAUGUCUACAAGGCUUUGGCGCUUGGUGCAAAAAUGGUUUUAGUGGGUCGUCCGGCACUGUGGGGUUUGACUGUAGGAGGGCAAGCCGGAGUGCAGAGGAUGUUACAGAUACUCCGUACGGAGCUUGAAUAUACGCUUCAGAUUGCAGGAACCCCAACUGUCGCGGACGUCACGAAAGAAAUGGUGAGGCAUGAAAAUUCGUAUUGUAAACUUUGAUUUUCUAUCGAACGUAACAAUAAAACUAUGAAUGAG